AUGGUGGCUGGCAGGGUACUAUUCUUGGUGGCAGUUGUCUGUUGUGUAUUUUCACUCGUCCAGGGCAGACCAAACGAGAAGGAAUGGAAGCACGGUGGCGGGAAGGAUCAUCAUUCGGAGGAACACUCAUCGCAUGGUGAGAAGGGUGAUAAAGGCUACAAGCAAGAUGAGGAACAUGAGGAAGGCAAGAAAGGCCAUCAUGAUAAGGAAGGCCAUAAGAAGGAAUAUCAUGACGAAGGUGGACAGAAGAAAAAACAUCACGAUGAGGGGGGUUAUCAUAAAGAGAACAAAAAAGGUGAAAAAGGUGAAAAGGGGCAUAAAUUUGAGGAGAGCGGUAGCUUCAAAAAAGGACACUCAACGAAAGGCCAUCACGAGAUACACAAGCUAGAUGAGUUCAAAAAAGAGAAAAAGUUCUUCGACGAAGAUCAUGAUGAGGCAUUCGACGAGAAAUUCGGUGAUUUCAAAGAGGAACACGGCUAUAAAAAGGGAGGCCACGAGAAGAAAGGACAUAAGAAAUCUGGACAUCAUCACGAUCACUAUGGCAAAAAGGGACAUAAAAAGAAGGGAUCACAUCAUCACGACCACGUAGGUCACAAGAACGAGGACGGUCAUGACGAACAUUGGAGUCACAAGGAAGAAUUUGCUAAAAAGGGUGGUAAGGAUCAUCACAAGAAAUGGGGACACAAGAAAGGACACCAUUAGGGUGGUUUUGGUGGCAGCUA